AUGCCGCCAAUCAAUCUUCAGCUCGACCUGGCCCUGCAUCGCUCGUUCACAUGGCCAUUCAUCAUCGCUGAUGUACAAACACCUAUAAUCGGCGCAGACUUCCUUGCCGCACAUCAUCUCCUCGUCGACGUCGGUGAACAACGAUUGCUUGACAACUCAAAGUCAACUCACCAUGGCACCACUGACCCGUCACACGACUCUGGAUCUCUGGAACUCAAGUCCUCGAAUUUGUCAGCUGAUGUGCAAAAGAUCGACAAAAUGGUUUCUCUCGAGCGAGUGCACAUGCACACAACCCCAUGGGCCAGUCCCUUGCACAUGGUGGCUAAAAAGGAUGGAUCUUGGCGCGCUUGUGGCGAUUACCGCAAGCUGAAUGGAAUUACGGUUCCAGACUGUUAUCCGAUUCCACACAUUCAGGAUUUUGCUGAUCGCCUUCACAAUAAGAAAAUAUUCACAACGCUCGAUCUCGAAAAGGCUUAUUACCAAAUUCCCAUGGCGCAGGAGGACAUAGAAGACAGCUAUUUGCUCUCCAUUUGGCUUAAUUGA